UAGUUAAGAUCCGUUAAGCCCUGCAAGUGCUUCAAAGUGACGGAUAGACCAAUCAUAUUGAUUAAUUUGACGUUUUGGAACGUUGGAGUGUCAAGUGGACCUUGUCCUAACACGACACUUGAAAAUAGAGAAGAAAGAAUAAAAGAUUAUUGAACACAACUAGUGUUACUAACUUAGUUUGCAUAAAAGUCGAUAUUAAUCGGAUCAAACAACAUUAUACACUCUUAUACCAAUUGCUUAAUUAAUACGAACUAUAUUUAUUUGUGUAAACAGAAAGAUGGACACAACUGCCUUAAUGCUUGCAUUAUUAUUAACCAUAUUACUACGAUUUUCGACCGUAUGCACACGUGUGCAUACGGUUGAAAAUGGCAGUCGCUACUUGUUAAGGCUAUUAUACCGGCCUCUGUACUUUGAUAUCUAUCUAUUAUCUAUGACGCAGUCCGCGUGAACUCAACUGUCGUAGUUUGGUGUUGAUGUUUUGAUGCGAAGAAAUAAUUACGUGAAUUCAACACAGGACGUUGGAGUGAUAACGACUCGUUCGCAUAUGCAUUGUUAUUAAGAGCACUCAACGUAUAUUAUGGUUUGACGAUCUCGGUCUUCGUUUUACGUAACAAUGGAUAUAUCGACUCCAACCGGAGUGAAUCACAGUGGACUCGCUCACAGUACGGAUGGAUUCUUAGGCAUUCCUAUCGAAUCUUCAGCUCUAGAUGUUUUAUCGACGAAGCGAAGAAGCUCGUCACGCACAAUAAAACGUAGAAAAUUUGAUGAUGAGCUGGUGGAGACAACAUUUAACUUACAACCUCCUGCGACAAGUACCAAAUCAACAUCAAGAUCACGCACAAUAUCUGUAUCUGCUGGUUCCAUGGAUGUUUUACCAUCACAAACAUUACCUAGUCCAAUACCAAUACCAACCACCUUAACACAGUCUGACAGAUGCAAUCGUAGACCUACUAGACCUGGUGGUUCAAAUGGUCCAGGACGUAAGAACAAGAAAAACAAAAAUCAUACUCAUUCUAUCAAUGCUACUAAAGAUCUUGGUCGAUGGAAACCUACUGAUGACUUAGCAUUGAUUACUGGUGUACAACAAACAAAUGAUCUGAGAAUGGUUCAUCGAGGUACAAAAUUUUCCUGUCGGUUUACUUUGCAAGAAAUACAACAAAGAUGGUAUGCUUUAUUAUAUGACAGUGCAAUUUCACGUGUAGCUGUCCAAGCUAUGCGCAAUUUGCAUCCUGAACUGAUUGCCAGUGUGCAAGCAAGGACAUUGUAUAGCAAAGCAGAAGAGGAUCUCUUGGGUACUAUUAAGUCAACUUCUCAACCAACACUGGAAGUAUUUCAAGAAUUGCUCGAAGCAAAUGCACAAACAUUUUAUCCAGCUAGGACUGCAAAAGCAUUACACAGCCAUUGGCAGUUAAUGAAACAGUACCAUCUGUUACCAGAUCAGACAGUACAAAGCUUACCACGUGGUGAACAUGUAUUGAACUUUUCGGAUGCUGAAGAUAUGAUCAAUGAUGCAGAAUUAAUGGAACCAAAGGAUGAAUUGGUGGAUGCUGAACUAGUAAUGGCAGACAGAAAAAAUAAGAGGGAAAUUAAAGUAUUAGAAAACGAGCUCGGCAGAUGGCAGGUACUAGUUGAUAGUGUAACUGGCAAUAGUCCACCGGAUUUCGAUAACCAAACUUUGGCCAUUCUAAGAGGAAGACUCGUCAGAUAUCUCAUGAGAUCUAGAGAGAUAAGUGUAGGACGUUCUACUAAGGACCAUACUGUCGACGUGGAUCUUACUUUAGAAGGUCCAGCUUGGAAAGUUUCACGUAGACAAGGCACUAUUCGUUUAAGAAACAAUGGGGACUUCUUUCUGUCGUCCGAAGGGAAGCGGCCGAUUUUUGUGGACAGCAGACCAAUUUUGGCUGGCAAUAAAAUGAAAUUGAAUAACAAUAGCGUAAUCGAAGUUGCAGGAUUGAGAUUCAUAUUUUUAAUAAAUCAGGAACUCAUUUCUGUGAUACGACAAGAGGCUGUCAAGUUGAAUCUAAACCCUUGAAAGAUUCUGAAAGACACAAAUGACAAUACUAAGUAUUAUGAAUUACAUUUAUAAACAAAACCACAAUUCAUGAUAAUUGGCAAAAUACUUCUGUAGCAUAAUUCAUAUUUUUAAGCAUAAUUCACAUUUUUACAUCUAAGUACACAUAUAUUGUAGUAUAGAUAUCUAUCUGUUAUCAAUAAUUUCUAUAAUUUCCUUAUCUAUAUAACUGACAAAAUAUAUAUAAGCGACUUUUUUUAUGAAAAGUUAUUUUUCUAGAGCGAAUCAAAAGCUUAUAAAAUUUAAUGAGAAAAAGUAUGUAGUUCAUAAGACAGAGUUUUAAACACUUAGACUUGCAUAUAUGCCUACCUUGAAAAUAAAUUUUUCUAUUUUUGCCAUUAUACAUAUAUGUAUGUGCACACAACAUAUUUGAAUUUAUUCACACAUUUUUAGUGUUAAAAAGUUGUCAUAACCACUUUUACAUAGAGAUGAGCAAUAAUAUACAUUGGAGUGUAUUGUACAUUAAGUUUUAAUAUUCACAUGUUACAUAUAAUAAUUGGCGUGUAUCUCUGUAAUAAAUGAAUUGUAACUUAGGUGUGCAAAGCUGAAUGUUCUUUAUAAAAUGGAAACAAAAUAAUUUUAGCACAUGUUUGUAUAUUUUAUUAUUUUGCAGAGAGAAGAGAAUGUGUUAAAAUAAAUGUAAUAUAAAAUUUA